CGGCGUGCGUCGGAGCAGCGGCCCCAGCAGGUGACGUUGCCGGAAGUGAAGCGCGGACUCCUUCCGGCAGCGCGUGAGCCCCGAGCGGAGCCGAAGACCCAGCGGAGCCUGAAUCCCGAUAAGACAAGAUGGCCGGGCUGCCCCGCAGGAUCAUCAAGGAAACCCAGCGCUUGCUGGCAGAACCUGUUCCAGGAAUAAAGGCAGAGCCAGAUGAAAGCAACGCACGUUAUUUUCAUGUGGUCAUUGCAGGUCCACAGGAUUCCCCCUUUGAGGGUGGGACAUUUAAACUUGAACUAUUUCUUCCAGAAGAAUAUCCAAUGGCAGCUCCGAAAGUACGUUUCAUGACCAAAAUUUAUCAUCCUAACGUAGACAAAUUGGGAAGAAUAUGUUUAGAUAUUUUGAAAGAUAAAUGGUCUCCAGCUUUGCAGAUUCGUACAGUUCUGCUAUCAAUCCAGGCUUUGUUAAGCGCUCCCAACCCAGAUGAUCCACUAGCAAAUGAUGUAGCUGAGCAGUGGAAGACCAAUGAAGCCCAAGCCAUAGAAACCGCCAGAGCAUGGACUAGGCUAUAUGCCAUGAAUAAUAUUUAAAAUGUGCUCUGAAUCAGUGUGCAUCACUUUUUCCUGUUCUGCCAAGACCUCUUCCUUUUUUGUUUGCAUUUAAUGGACACAGUCUUAGGAAACGUUACAGAAUUUAAAAAAAACCCCAGACAUCAGUUCUUUGAUGAUUUAAAUGCACACUAGCAAAUCUGUGUCUUGUCCUAAUUCACUCCUGUUCUGCAUGAGCAGAGGCUAGAAGUAUCAUCGGGAUUGUUUGUGAAAUUGUUUAAAAGAAGUAACACAUCUCUGCUUUUAAUAAUUUUUCCCAUCAUGAGUUAAGUGUGAGCACUGUGAAUGAAAGUAGUCAGGGUUAGCUGCAGGGAUAUUUUGUUCUAAUUGUGUGGGCUCCUUUUCCCUUUUUUAUGGUAAUGCUAAUUGCAUUGGUUAAAGCAGCUAACCAGUUAUACUCUAGAAUAUGCCCUCUAGCCAAGUCUAACUUAGAUGCUGUAGAUGGACAAGCUUGGCUGUUUGAACAAAAACGGGAACAUUAAACAUCCAUUCACUAAUAAUAUUGUGAUUCUGCUGUCAAGUGUAAAAACUCUUCCCUUCAAGGAAUAAAAGCUUGUGACCAUUUUGUAUGGCUUGUCUGGAAAAUCUGUAAAUCUUCUGUUUUAGUAAAAUAUUUUGUUAUUCUACUUUGCCUUUGUACAGUUUGUUUUGCUUCUUUUUUUUUCAAUUUUCAAUUGUGACAAUCUGUUUUUUUUUUAAAAGAAAGAAAAUGAAACCAAUUUAGAACAUUUUGAUUUUCAACAACCUAAUGGGUGUAGUAAAAUAUUGGAUCUUUUACUGACUUGUAUAUUCAUAGUGUUCAUAAUAUUUUUUUGAUUUUGUGUUUUUAAAAAGCCUCUGGUAAAUGUAAAUGCUUUCCAGAGUCUUUAAGUAGGUUAGAUGCAUCGUUGAUGUGUAUGUACUUGCAGUGUUAAGUACCACUGAAACAGAAAGCUAGCAAAAACAAAAAACAAAACUAUUUGGGUGUAUGUGAACUUGUCUGUCUUGUGCUAAGUAUUAUCAGGUAUCAGACUACACAUUUACAGUCAGCUUGCAUCUUUAAAAAUAAGAUCUUUGCAUAAAAUGAGAUGUUAUAGUACAGGUAAAUUGGAUGAUAAGAUAACUUGUUUACUCUGGCCUUGCCUGCAAUCCGUCAGCUUCUGCUUUCUUUUUGACCCAUUUCUUCAUUUGGAAGAUGGAGAACGUGAUUUUUUUAAGCCAUCAUAUAAAUGUAAAUAGUUUAUGGAAGCAUGUUUUGACUGCAUUUCAAACUUUCUUUUCUGACUCUACGUCUUUGCUGACCAACUUCUAAAUUUCUCUUUUGAAUGUGGCCAGUGUAAUGCCAGCUUGCCAUGGGUAAUGCUUGUCUCGCAGUUCAGGAGGACAGUACUUGAGUUCCAUAGUUCUCUGCCCAUCAUACCUGUUCUAGCAUCAAUUGGGGUUUCUAUAGAAUGUGGUGUAUGUAUUGUGCUCUUGUGUAAGAUAAAGAAUAUCUAUUAAAAUCACACUUUCAACAGACAAAAUGCUUUUAGUGAUGGUAUGUCCCUCAAAUUACUUUCUUUAUUGUCAGCUGUUUAUCAUAUUUAUAGUCUUCUUUAAUAGGAGAAAGAGAUAAUGCUUCUAGUUAGUUGGAAUUCUUGAUUGGUAUCUGGGCUUGCAGUUAGUCCAUUGCUGUUAUUGAUAAAUAGCCACACUGCUUUAAUUGUCAGUAUGCUCUUUCAACCUUUUCAAAUGUUUUAAGCUCUUGUGCAUUUCAUUGACUGAAUAUAAAUAUGUGAGUUCUUAUAUAUUUCAUUGAAGGAACAUAAACAGGUACAUAUUCUUGUUUUGCAGUGUAAUUGUGAAAUGUUUUGCUGAAGAGCAAGCUGCACUAAGUUAACAGGAAUUUCUCCUGGAAAGUUGGCUUUUUUAAUUUGGGGAAAAUUAUUUUUUACUUGCAUAGCUUUGUAUUCCGGAUUUUGACACUCACUGAUGUGUUGACCUUUCUGUGAUGUUCAAAAUGUUGUUACUGUGGGUUUUUUUAAAAGAUCUUCCACAGAAGAACUUACAUAUUUAUGUACCUUUCACGCUGGUAUUUAACCACUGAAAUGUAUUUCUAGAAGAAUGCCGUAGGGGCUGUUCUUUAAAAAAUGUACUCAGUACCAUGCUGAAGUAUGAUAUACAUGUGAUAGUUGUAUUAUUAGAGCCUUGCUUAUCUUUCCAAACUAGCACACCAUUCAGCCAAAGUUAAGCAACAGUUUCAAUGGGAAGGUUAUAUUUAAUCCUAAGGAUAUGUUUGCAGUGAGAAUUCUUUGAGUUCAAUGGAUCUUAUUUCUGUACAUGUGUGCAUAGGAUUGCGAUCUUAAGCACAUGCUGAAAUGUUCCCUGUUCAAAUAAGUGGGACCUAAAAGUGCUUGACACUGUGCAAUGUCCCUUUUUUCUCUUGCAUGUAGUAAAUAUCUCUAAUCUACACAAUUAUUUUUUUCAAAUUAUGGUCUUAAAACUUUGGCAGCAGUACACAUAUGCAGUGUUAUAGAGGAAGGUGUAUUCACUCAAAAGUUUGUUAAAGCAGCUUUCUGUAGAACUCUGCUUUGCAUAUGAAAUUCACCAAGUUUAAAGUAGUCUUAGAGCUUGGUGUAAAAGUUGCUUAAUUGGAACGUGAUUAAGUGUUAUGCAUGCUGUUUCUUUCCCAAGUGCAUUGACAAACAGUUCUUGUGCCAAAUCCCCAAAUUGUUUUCUAAAGUAGGGAGUUUGGAAAUUCCUCGAAGCUGUGGUUAAUAGGGAAGCAACCCUGUAAAAAAAGGCACUGACCCUCUAGAUUUUAGCUUUGACUGUUAAUAGUGAUACUUACAGGACUUUCUCAGUUCUGUUUCUUAAUCCAUUUAAAUCUAGGAAUGUAACUAGAGCCAUUGCGUGUACUUGAAACUUACCUGUGUUUUUGAUGGAACUAAUGACUUGAUAUCUACUGUGAAACAAUGUGUGUCCACUUCCUUUCUAGCCAAUCCAUUAACUAAACUUGGGCUGAAGUUCACAUCCUGUAUAGCCUAAAGCAGCCCCACUGAGUAUGCAGAGUUGUGGUACAAAUAUUCAACAAUAAAUAGGUCAUAUAUUUUAGUUUUGAUACAGUUCAGCAGUUGGAAUUGAACCACUCUAUUAUACUGAUAAGCAGAGUUUACUUACUCCAGAACUUCUACAGUAAGGUGUUUAACAACUUGAAACUGUGUUUGCUAUAUGAUAGUGUGUACUAGGUAGAAAGAUUGGAUUAUUUUAUGGAAUUACAAUACAGGUGUUCUGUAUCAAUCUUGGUGCUAAUAAUUAACAAAUUUGAAAAAAAUCUGGUUUAUAUACCAAUUUAUGAACCUUUAAGUUUAAAUUUAAUCAUGUUUGCAGUAAUCAUUCUUUUCAUGAAAUUAGUAAACCAUUAAUUUUUUGUUUCUGUAAAUCAUGGUUUUCAGACACAAAUAACACGCAUCCAUGCUUUACAUGGAUAAACUGUAUCCGAAAAAACUAUUGAAUAUUGCCUAAUUAUAGCCUAAAAUACUAGUGGAUUUUAUGCUUUUGAUGGAAGCAUAAACAUUGUGGAUACUGUACAACAUCACUAGGCUAGCUAAAUCAGAUUUUUGUGUAUGAACAUCUGUACAUUCCUACCAUUUCCAGGAUUAUUUUAAAAUGCCUGAUAGAUUCUGUUUGACAUCUUCUGACUGUAAUGUUAUGACACUGAAAUAAAAGGAAGAGUGAUUUAUUCAUUA